CUAUGAACUUAUGAAACUCUCUCACCUCUCUUUUCCUCUCGUCUCAAACUUCUCUCGUCUCUCUUCCCUAUAACUCACAAAGUUUUAGAAGUUUUCUUAAACUUACAAAGUACCAAGGGGUUUCGUGAAAAACAAAAUUUCGUCCAGUCCAACAGAGGGAGGUCGAACGAUUUCACGCAAACAGCCGCCUUUCCUUUCUCUGAUCCAUGGAUCCUCAGCCGGAGCCCGUAAGCUAUCUCUGCGGAGAUUGUGGGAUGGAGAACACUCUGAAGCCUGGCGACGUGAUCCAGUGCAGGGAGUGCGGCUAUCGCAUCCUUUACAAGAAGCGCACUCGAAGAAUUGUGCAGUAUGAAGCGCGUUGAAGAAAAUGAGAGAAGCUAUCGAGAUUCUGAAAUUCUAUCAUCAAACAUGAAACAUGCAACUGUUUGUAUGUGUUUGAAAACUGUUGUAGGUGAGUAAAUGAGAGAAGGUAUUGGAUAAUCUGAAAUUCUAUCAGCAAACAUGAAGCAUAUAACUAUUUAUAUGUGUUUGUUUGAAAACCGUCAUUGGUGAGUAAUAAGGUAAUGGCUUAUGAAGAUGAGAAACUUGUUCAUUACUACUAUAUAUGUACUGGUUCAACAAUUCAGUGUUCUACAUUCAUGUGGAGUAUUUUGGACU